CUUCUUACCCUUGCAUGCACCCAAGGGAACAACCUCUGUCUCCUUGAUCGUAUCUGGGUCUCUCCCUCCCGCACCGCCCCCCGCUACAUGGAUAAUCUGCGGGCCACUGAGUGACCGCAUGUCUCAGCUCAUGGAAAGGAUGGCUCCUGUCCUGUGGCUGGCCCUGGCCUCCUGCAUCCUGACUCUGGCAUCUACAGAGCAGCAAGGUUACAGAAACCCCACCAGUGCCAGUUCCUAUGAGCAGGACUUGGAGUGUGGAGCCCCUGGCACCCCAGAGGCCCAGCUCUGUUUUGACCCCUGCCAGAAUUACACCCUACUGGAUGAACCCUCCCGAAGCACAGAGAACGCGGAAGAAGGCCCGAACUGUGACAGUGACAAGCAUGGCUGGUACCGAUUUGUGGGAGAUGGAGGAGUGAGGGUGCCGGAGCACUGCGUCCCCGUGUACCACUGCCAGACGGCUGCUCCCAUGUGGCUGAAUGGCACCCACCCCACCCUCGGGGAGGGCAUCGUCAACCGUACCGCCUGUGCCCACUGGAGUGGCAGCUGCUGCUUCUGGAAGACGGAGGUGCUAGUGAAGGCCUGCCCGGGCCAGUACUACGUGUACCGGUUGGAGGGCAUCCCGCAGUGUAAUCUGAGAUAUUGCACAGACCCCGCCACCACAGACGACAACUGUGAGAGGACCUGCCGCCCCAAGGAGGAGUGUCGCUUCGUCGGCGACACCUGGAACUGCGUCUGCAGACAGGACCUCAAUAUCUCCAAUGUGCACAGUUUGCAGCCCCAGCUGGACUGUGAGGCCAAGGAGAUCAAAGUGUCCCUGGACAAGUGUCUGCUGGGAGGCCUGGGUUUCGGGGACGAGGUCUAUGCCUACCUUCAGGACCCGAACUGGAACUGCAGCAGCAUGAUGCAAAGGGAGGAGGAGAACUGGAUAUCGGUGACCAGCCCCACCCAGGCUGGUGCCUGCGGAAACAUUCUGGAGAGAAACCAAACCCAUGCCAUCUACAAAAACACCCUCUCCUUGGUCAACGAUUUCAUCAUCAGAGACACCAUCCUCAGCAUCAACUUCCAGUGCGCCUACCCGCUGGACAUGAAAGUCAGCCUCCAAACUGCCCUGAAGCCCAUUGUAAGUUCCCUGAACAUCAGUGUGGACGGGGAGGGAGAGUUCACUGUCAGGAUGGCCCUCUUCCAAGACCAGAACUACACAUCUCCUUAUGAAGGGGCUGCAGUCGUGCUGUCUGUUGAAUCCAUGCUCUAUGUGGGCGCCGUCUUGGAGAGAGGGGACACGUCCCGAUUUAACCUGGUUUUGAGGAACUGCUAUGCCACGCCCACUGGAGACAUGAAUGACCCUGUGAGAUAUUUCAUCAUCAGAAACAGCUGCCCAAAUAAACGUGAUUCCACUAUCUACGUGGAAGAGAAUGGGGUGUCAUCGGAAAGCCGGUUCUCAGUUCAGAUGUUCAUGUUUGCUGGAAAUUAUGACCUAGUUUUCCUGCAUUGUGAGAUUUCUCUCUGCGAUUCCCUUAAAGAACAGUGUCAGCCGUCUUGCUCGAGGAGUCAACUCCGCAGUGAAGGAGUGCCUAUUGACCCAGCCCGUGUUUUAGAUCUGGGACCCAUCACUCGCAGAGGUGCCCAGUCUCUUGGUGUCAUGAGUGGAACCACCAGCACUGCAGUGUUCCUGGUGGCCGGGCCCAUGCUUCUCCUGCCUGUCCUCCUGGCUGGGCUCUUCUGAGAGCUCAGCUGGGCAUGUGGGCUUGAAGCUCUUGUUCUUCCCUCUGGCGAUGGCUUCCAGUCACCCUUCAGCUCUGCUGAUUCUCUCUCCAGAUCACAUAGACAGUCUCCAGGCCUGACGAGGUUUGGAGAAAAAGAAGAGCUUUCCCUUGUUUAACACUCUCAGUGCCUUUGUAUUCCUCUUUCUUCUCAUGGUGGGUGCCCUACCACCUGGCCUGGCCUGACUUCCUCAUUCAUUAGCAGGAUCCUGAAAGCAAAUUUGCGAUGCGCUUCUGUGGCUACAAGUAUAGCACACGUUCAUAACUUCAGGGAAGAGGGGCUGUGUCAAUGGGGGGAAGGGCCGGGGGAAUUGCUUGUAAAAAGAUACCUCCCACAGACUUCCCAAACACCCCCUGUUCUGACUGCCAGUGAAUUAAACAGA